UCUUAAAAAACAUAAAGGCCUCCACUUCCCCAUUCUCAGAGACUGAGCGUGCUAUUCACCACCACGCGCCUCCACUCACCACCGCAGCGCUUCCAGGGAAAAAAAAAAAAACACAAACACAAAGCAGCGCCUAUGAAAAAAAAAAGACCCCCUCCCCCCCUUUUCUCAUUUCUUUCUUUAACAUGCACCGACUCCUUUUCACCAUGCCCUCUCCCUCUUCCUCCUCAAAACCCAUCAAAUUCUCUUCUUCUUCAUCAUCAAACCCUAACCCUAAUUCAACUUCCUGUUCUUCUUCUUCUUCUUCUUCUUCUUCCCUGCUCUGUAAACACUCUCCAUCAGCCACACUUGACAUUCUAAUUCUGAUUCUGGUUCUCUUUGCAGGGAUUUUCCUCUUAACUUCUUACUUUUCUUAUAUAUUUCGCUCUCUUUCCAUCCUCCUCUCUCACUCUUCCCUCCACCUUUCCAUCCAUGUCCCUCCCGUUCCCUACAUUUGUGGCUUCUUGGCGCUGUUCCUCCUUUCUAUUCUUUUUGUUGAGUUCUGCUGCGGUCCGAGAUCUCGCAAGUGCGAGAAGCCUGGAUGCAAGGGAUUGAAGAAGGCGAUGGAGUUCGAUUUACAGUUGCAAACGGAGGAUUGUCUGAAAUCCAGUGGAGCUAAGGAGUUCGAUAAGUUGCCAUGGAAAGGAGGGAGUGAAGGGAAUCCUGAUUAUGAAUGUCUUCGAGCUGAAUUGCGGAAGAUGGCUCCGCCUAAUGGGAGAGCUGUUUUGCUUUUCCGAGCAAGGUGUGGAUGUCCCGUCGCUAAAUUGGAGGGUUGGGGUCCAAAAAAGGGUAGGCGCCAUAAAAAGGCUUUGGCUAAUGUAGCUGUUAAUGGAGGAGGAGAUCAUCGCUGAUUGUUUGUGAUGGUUUCGUUGUCAAGGACCCCUUUAUAUGUUUCUCCUCUUUAGGAUCUUGUUCAGCUUCCAGAUUUUGACUUUUUUUUUAUUAUUAUUUUCUAGAAGAUUACACUCUUCAUCAGGACAAAUUUUCUAAUCCCAUGAUCUGCCAGUGGGUUUCCUUCAAUAUAUCUGUAUCUGCAUUUCCUUGGGAGAUUGUUCUUGUUUCUGAAAAGAUAUACCAAACUCAAUAGUGACUCGCAUUUCUGGAAGAAUAUACAAGUUCAAUGGAAAUAAAUAUAUAUUCCAAUUGCUAA